AUGAUGACCUGCACCAUCGUAGGCACGCCGAUCCACAUGGCCCCCGAGCUAUUCGGCGGUUCCUACGACAAUUCAGUCGACAUCUACGCAUUCGGAAUCCUCUUCUGGUACAUCUGUGCCAACGACACGAAACUCCCCGGGGCGUUCGACGCCUGUCAGAACAAGGAACAGCUCUGGACGUCGGUGAGGAAGGGGUUAAGACCGGAAAGGUUACCGCGGUUCGACACGGACUGCUGGGAGUUGAUGUGUUCUUGUUGGCUCGGGGAGAGCAUUCAGCGGCCGUUGAUUGGGGACGUGGCCCUUCGUUUGCACCUCAUUAUGAAGAGAAUAGGACGAACUCCGCUAAAGUAG